AUGGUGGCGCCCGGUGUUGCCACGUGCCAAGUGUGCUUUGACGAGACCUACGCCGUCAUCACGCAGAUAUGCGGCGCCUCCUGUUCCGCGGUCCUCUGCGCAUCGUGCAUCAACGCCUACGUCGGUUUCCAGGCUGCAUCGGCGCUCUACGGCGUGGUCGCUCAGCUCAAGUGUCCGAUCUGCCUGCGGCCUGCCAGCUUGGUUCGAUGGCGCGAGAAGCUAAGCAAGCCGAACGCGCACCUGCAGCUGUUGGAAACAAAGGUGCACUCGGCGUGCAACGUCGUCUGCCCAAGUUGCCACACCAACACGUCGGUGCUGCCAGAGGCGUGCGACUCGGUCCAGCCACUUUCAUUGCCGACGCACCUCGCACAGCAAAUGCCAGAGCUUCGGGCGCGCUGUGGCCAGUACUGUCACCACCGCCUCUCGGCCGACGCGGUUUACAACUACGUCCGCGCAACCGAAGCCUACUAUCGGUCGCACUUGGCUGCUGCUGCUCGGGUCGCGUUGCCCGAUCGGCUCGCUCCGUGGCUCGGCGGCAACGGCAUUCAUCUCGGUAUGAGUUUCGACGCGCUCGCCGCGCUCAAGUCCGACUUGUGGACACCAAACAUGCCGAUCACUGCCGUUGAAUUGCCCAACUACAUGGCUCGCUGCGUCUGCUGCCGCCUCGAGAACGUCGCGGAGCUCUUUCCGUGCUUGCCUCCGACAGCGACCUACGACAGCGCGAGUCGCAUCUCCUUUGUGUUUGAUCCAACGAGUCAACUUCGCCUCGUCUCGCUCGUGCUAGGCGUCUGUUACAUGCCGCAGUGGGAGCCGCCGACCAACGCACCACUCCGUACGUACUUUUCGACGCUGCUACAUGGCGCCGCCACGGACCAAGAUGCGAUCGUCGACCACGGCCACACGGUCGUGUCCCUCGAGACCGAUGACACGUUGCUUGUCGAGUUUGUGGAUCCGCGGGCGCCGCCAGAGAUUGACGGCCGCGCGUUUACAUUGUACUUCAAGCGCCGUCGCGAAGAUAUUAUUCGCGCAAUGUGCCAACAGAGACCGGUGCGCCAAGCCAUGCGCGCGGUCCAGCGCCACUUACGCAAGCUCGUGUGGAAGCGCAAGUGGGACAUCGUUCUCGCAGCGAUUCAGGCGAUGGGAGAAGCACGCCGCUGA